GCCCUUUACAAAAUCUGAAACUCGCACGGGAUCCAAAUUCAGAUCACCGGAUUCGCACGAAGAACCCAACAUCGUCCUCCUCGAAGAAGAGCUUUCAUUUUAAUCUGAAAUCUCCGUCAGAUCAGGAAAAAACAUGGGUUUUCUCAUAACAACUCUAAUCUUCGUCGUCGUUGGGAUCAUUGCUUCCUUAUGCGCUAGAAUCUGCUGCAACAGAGGCCCCUCCACGAAUCUGCUACACCUUACAUUGGUCAUUACUGCGACGGUCUGCUGUUGGAUGAUGUGGGCAAUUGUAUAUAUUGCACAGAUGAAUCCUCUGAUUGUCCCAAUCCUAAGCGAAGUAGAGUAGAAUCCUCUACUCAGACAAAGAACCGAAUAUCCUCAAAACUAGAAAAAAGUUAUGCGCAAAGUGAGUAAUACAUAUUGCUAGCUUCUGUUCCAUCCUUUUGUAUCUUCAAUCUCUAAACGGUUUUUCUUGUUUGUAAUUCUUAUCUUGGUGGUGAACAAAUCAAAAACUUUUGGCCUCUUUAUUACUAUUGAAAUUUUCUUGUAUUCA